AUGGCUGACGCCAGUGUGGAGCCUUGCUAUGGACAGGUCCAAGACGAAUACAUGGAAGACAUGAACACUGUGGUUGCACCUGCAUCCACAGAACGACCGACACGGUGGGGGCCACUUCACCCUGCAGUGGGCGUAGCGGCCAUUACUCCGCCGACGACUGGUGCGCGUGCAACCCCGGCUCCGGCAGUGCGACGACCGCUGACUCCUGCAGCAUCCGGCACUUGCGCCACGCGGUGGGGGCCACGUCACGGCGCGAUCGGGGCUGCGGCGGUUAUUCACCUUGUCACUGGUGAGCCGACUGUUUCCGCACCCGCUGUUAGGCCCCCACUGACAGCAGCGCCACGACGUGCGAUGACGCGUUGGGGCCCGCGUGUUGUGGUGACGGUUCCUACAACAGGGCGCCGCCCAUGCUUACGCAGAACAUCAUACAUCGCUGACCGUGCACCUGCUGCAGCGGCUGCUCCAAUCCCCACCGACCCACCGCCGUCGCCAGCCCCAAGCCCUGCCAGUCCGUGUCCGUCCAUUGAUGUGGCUGCAUGUGCAGCAGAGUCCGAGCCAUGGCUUCUGCAGUUCGAUGGUGCGUGCCGGCAGAACCCUGGACUCGGGGGCGCUGGUGCUGCUCUCUUCGACUCGAGCGGCACCGUGGUGUGGACUUGCUCGCACUUCCUCCCCGCCAGCACUGGGACGAACAACACUGCUGAAUACACCGCUCUGCUGGUGGGGGUGCAGAGUGCCGUCCACCAUAGUGCCACGCGACUGCUCGUCGAAGGCGACAGCAACCUAGUGUUGGCUCAGGUGCGCGGCUCGUUUGGCUGCACCAACCGACGACUCCGGCGACUGCGAGGUCAAGUGCGGACGGCGCUGGGGUGUCUUGCAUGGCAUCAGCUUCGGCAUAUCGACGGGCAAGCGCCCAUGCCGACCGCCUCGCUAACCGUGCGCUUGACGUCCGACGCACCGCCGUGGAGUGUGGACCUCACUCCGUCGCCAUAA